AUGGCCAACUUCUUUCCCAGCCUCUUCGGUGACUUCGAUUUAUUAUUCCUUUACCGGAAGCGCAGCAGUUCCGACUCCAGUAGUUCCGACAGCAGCAGUGCCGUCCGCCUGGGUGGAUAUGCCCCAGGGGAUGGCGAUUACGACUCGAUCAAGUUUGCCCUCCAGGCUACCUAUGACUACUUCGAUUAUUUCUGGAGGGGCGAAGGCCGCCGCUGGAACCUGGCCGCCCGGAGACCCAAUUUCGUGGACUUGCCCGUGCCGAAAACAAGGACGCGUCCUCCACGAGGCUCGAGGCCCGGCCGAGAUCAGCCUGUGCGGCGGUACACUCAAUUUGGGAGGUUAGGGCUGCGGCAAGAACGCCCGGGGGCGGUAGCACAGGUCCAGCAGCAGAUCCAGCAGGGGUAUUUUCCGGUGAAGGCUGCGUUGGAUCCUCUGGACAUCAGUAUCUCCAAAAUCCUCGGCUGGGGAGGCCAGGCGGUUGCUGUGCUCUGCGAGCUGCUCGGGGACGGCGGACAGCGGGAGAAAGUGGUGGUCAAGUGCCAGAAGCCAGAGAGAUCAGAUCUGGCGUCAGAAAUUGCGCACAUGGACCGAUUGUCUGGGGCUCGGCAUAUUGUUGGGAAGAGAGAGUAUGUACCUCGACGUUUCAGGAACCCACAAAAUGAUUCGGACCGGGCAAUUGCAAUCCAAGCGGGUGUCUUGUCUGCAGAGGGGGAACCACUGACCCGGAAAGACAUAUUUGCGAUGGAACUCAUGCCUAACAACUCGCUCGAAAACUUGCUCAAAAAGGCUUCCAAAGCCGGCAUACAUUUCAGGAAUGGAGAGUUGUGGAAGAUAUUCCAAUGUCUCCUGAAAGCAUGUAUUGCGCUUGCAUACCCGGACAGCUGGGGGGGUGGUAACACGCACGAUGAGACGAUCCCAAGAGGAGAUGAUGGCAGUCUUCUGCCUAUCCAGAAUGCCAUAAUCCAUUUCGACAUCAGCACGGAUAAUGUCUUUAUUGGGGAUUUUGAUUCAACACCUGGGCCCCUCAGUCACGACACUGUGCCUGUUUUCAAGAUCGGGGACUUGGGUCUCGCUGAGUCCUUUUCACAGGCUGAUCGGGCAGACAUGUUUACCAUGGUAGGCCGGAGAAGGGUCGGAAAGUCUGUUUGCUUCACGCCGGAGCAAUUCACCGAUGACUGGAAUCACUUGACCAAUGCACCAAUAUCAGAAGGAGAGGAGACGGCUGGCAAUUACGACUCGUGGACUAACAUGUACGGCAUCGGACUCAUCAUGUGGCAGCUGAUUACCCAAACAAUGACUGAGAUGCCUCCGCAACCUACGCGUCUGAGGUUGCCCGAGACUGCCGGCGCUUCUGCGGAGGACUCCGAGACCUGGACUUAUGGCGGGAGGGUGCAGAAUCCAGAGUUCGACCAUUAUGACAGCCAACUCAAAUACCUUGUCAUGUGGUGUUUAGUGGACCAGCCUUCACUCAGACCUACCCUGACCGCGGCGCAAGAUAUGAUCUCUGCAGCUCUUGCAAGAGAUUGGGUUGAGUUGGGAGAUGAUCAUCCCAACAGGACGUCCAUCGAAAGUCUCCUGAGAGAUCCACCCUCAGCUUCAGCGCCCGUCCCACCCAAAUUGGAUCAAUCAAUCCCCGGAGAUUUGGGCCUGCAGGCACUAACACUGCAGCCCGGCGGGCCCGGCCCAAACCCCUCCGCGCCGGCCCCCAAAGACGUUCCAGACCCUGUGGGCCCGGCACCGAUCCCCGUCGCGGUUUAUGCGGGGCCGAACGGGUUCUACGCGCGGGUGGGCGACUCGGGCGGUAUCCUGCACGAGUUAUCUGUGCACAACAACAACAACGGCGACAGGCACUCGUUUGUCGUCCUGCGGGAUAUCCGGACCUACGUCGUCGACGUUGGGGCGGCGGACCCUGCGGCGCGAGGAUCACCAGCCACCCCAAUCCCGGUCUCGACGCACGCCGGCCAAGACGGCCGUGCCUAUGCAACGGCGUGGAGACCAGGGUUCAACGUGGUAGAGCUUGUGGUGCACACGGACGUGACGAAUAACACCCAUUACGUGGAAUUUGAUGGCAGGAGGACGAGUAUAUUGGACAUGGCAGGCAUGCCCCCGCGGCGGGCCUGA